AUGGAGCGUUUGUUCUUUACUACAAUUUCAUAUUCAUGCUUCAUUUUUUUCUUUUUAUUCAUUCUCUGUUUUGUCACACACUCUUUCUUUUUUUUUCUCAUCACACAGGUCUCUCAUUCUUUCUUUCUUUAUGAACAUUCAGGUCUCUAUCUUUCUUUCUUUCUUUCUUUCUCAUCGCACAUGUCUCCCUCUUUUUUCUUCCUUUUUGUAUUUCUUUCGUUGUUUCUGUUUACCUUUCUUUCUUUCUCAUCGCAUAAGUCUCUCUUUCUGUCAGUCUUUCUUUUGUUCUUUUCUACAUUGUCGUAUUCGGAUAUUACUUCUAUUUCUCAUUACAUUGGUCUCUUUUUCUUUCUAUCGCAUUGUAUUUGUCUAUCUUUCUUUCUUUUUCUUUCUUUCUUUCUUUCUUUCUUUUCUACAUUGUCUUAUUACUACAUUCUUUCUCUUUCUCAUUACAUAGGUCUCUCUUUCUUUCUGUCUUUCUUUCAAAUCGUAUCUAUCUAUCUAUCUAUCUAUCAUUUGUUCUUUUCUACACUCUCUUCUUUCUGUAAUCUUUCUCUUUCUCAUUACAUACGUUUCUCUUUCUUUCUCGUCGUAUCUAUCUAUCUAUCUAUCUAUCUAUCUAUCUAUCUAUCUAUCUAUCUAUCUCUUCUAUCUAUUAUCUUAUCUAUUUUGUUCUUUUCUUACAUCUCUUCUUUCUCUUUUCUCUUUCUCAUUACAUACGUUUCUCUUUCUUUCUCGUCGUAUCUAUUCUAUCUAUCUAUCUAUCUAUCUAUCUAUCUAUCUAUCUGUCUCUAUCUAUCUAUCUAUCUAUUUUCUAUCUUCUUCUAUCUAUCUAUCAUUUGUUCUUUUUCUACACUAUCUUUUUCUAUAAUCUUUCUCUUUCUCAUUACAUACGUUUCUCUUUCUUUCUCAUCGUAUCUAUCUAUCUAUCUAUCUAUCUAUCUAUCUUCUAUCUAUUAUCUAUUAUUAUUGUUUUCAUGCUUCUUUUCUAUAUCCUUUUGCAAAAGCUCAUUACAUGCAAUUCAUUCUUUCUUAAUUCUUUCUCUCUUUCUUUCCUUUUCUCAUUUCAUUCUUAUCUUAUCAUUCGGCGAGACAGAAACAGGAAAACGGAGGUCGUCCCAGACUUUCUCAGCAGCAUUUAUUACCGUAAAACGACAUCGAUGGUCAGCGUGUAAAAAGCAUUUUACAGGUUCCAUUUCCGGAACCUUUUCAUAUUACGUAUUCUUCAAAUGA